UCCUUUCCACUGAUUCCGCAUCCUAGGCCGCGUCCAUCUCCCGUAGAGAUAAUAGAUCUCACGGUUGAAGUGGACAGCCCAGCCUGCGAAACGCCAGCCAACCCACGCGGGGUUCCCACCUCGACCAAGUCGCCACAGUUGAAUGUGGAGACAAGGUCCACUGGGGACCUUGGGUCGGUCGACGUGGUGGCUGGGGACGUCGACCUCUCGGGUAUGGCACCGUGGCCACAGCCCGAUGGGGAGGCCCUGCUCGAGGAGUGCAGGGCCAUCGAGCGCAGGAAGAAGAGCCUAGCAAGAAAGAGGAAGCUCUCUGAGUCGCUCUCAGAGGGUCUUCCUCUGCUUCCUGCGCUCCCAACCGGGCCGGCCUAUCUCGCGAGGCUGGACCCGGAGUUCGACGAGGCCAACCUGUUUGGUUCGUGGGCCCACCAAGCGAAGAGG